UAUGAAACAAGUUCAAAUCUCUCUCGCCCUCUCCCCAACGUGCUCCCAUAUAAAUAGCCCCUACAAAUUCCAGCGCCCUCCAAUUUCCGAAACUUCUCAGCGCCAAAAAUCAAAAUUAAACAGAGAGUGGUGAACGGAGCGAAAUUGAGAGGUCUCCGUGGUGCUCUAUUUGACCUAGCCGCUCACGGACCACUUCACUGCCGCCGUCGUUCGUAUUGGAAUUCCGACCGCGUUUAUUCAAAAUGAUAGGAGCACUAAUCACCAGAGGACUUACUAUGAUUUUGGGCUAUGCCUAUCCUGCUUAUGAGUGCUACAAAACUGUUGAAACCAGCCAGCCGGAGAUUGAGCAACUGAAUUAUUGGUGUCAGUACUGGAUUCUGGUGGCUAUAUUGACAAUCCUCGAGAGAAUUGGCGAUUCUUUUAUUUCUUGGUUUCCGUUCUACGGUGAAGCAAAGUUGGCAUUCUUCGUUUAUCUAUGGCAUCCAAAAACUAAGGGAGCGAACCAUGUGUAUGAUUCGUUUUUCAGACCAUAUAUUUCAAAACACGAGCCUGUAAUUGACCGCAGCUUGUCGGAGAUGAAACUGAAGGCUAGCGAUGCUGCUUUUCUCUACAUUCGAAGAGCUGCUUCCUACUUUCAAACUACUCUCUUUGAUAUCUUUUCUAAGCUUAAUAUUUCUAAUCCAUCAACCACGGCUGCUCCUCCUCCCAAGGUUUUACAGCCGCAGAAGCAACCAUCAACCAAAGAGAAAGAGGAAGAGGAAGAUGAAGAGGAAGAGAAAGACAAAUAAUAAUUAUUAUCAUAAACACAAAUUCUCUUCCAAUUCCCAAUAAAAUGGCGGAAAUUGGAAGAAAAGCAAUUCCAGAAGAAAACUCCAUACUGUAAAACUAUAUUAUCAAUCCAAAUAAAGAUAACUGUAAUUAUGAAUAUCAAAUAUAUAUUAGAAACUUCUUAUCAUCACA